AAAUGGUGAAAAUAACAAUCGAGCAAUCGAAUAUUCUUGAAACAAAGAUAAAUGAAUAUUUAAAAGAAAAAACAAGUUUUUCAUAUCUUCGUAUGGCAUAUGAGAAGACGAUGUGGCCAACAAUCUUUAUAGCAAAAAAACAUUAUUUUGGGGUUGUACAUGAGUCAGAAUCAAAUUUCACAUCACCUUCUUUAUACUUGAAGGGUGUAAAAGUUGUGAAGCGAAACGUAUCAGAAUUUUACAAGAUAGUUGCUGAGGAAAUGAUUUGGUCAGCUCUCGGUUUCAAUCAUGAGGACAAAUCCAUAAAGCGAGAAGAUAUAGAUCGCAAACA